GGGAGCUGGGACGUUGGUCACGAGCAGUGGUGAUUAAGGAUCUUGGUCGGCAGCGGCAGUCGGUGGUGGAGGGCGGCAUGUCAUGAAGGAAGUGGUUGGCGAUGGUCACGGAGGCGAUCAGUGGAUGGCAGUAAUCACUAUGAGACCAGAUAACUGUAAUUGGUCGGACCGGGUAAUUGUAAUUGGGCGGAACAGGAGAAGAAGGCUGCAAGGUGGUAGCGACGAUUCCAUCACCUUCUCUGAGGUUGGUAAGGCCACUUAAGCAUCUCUUCUUCGUUGCCACCCCUUCUUCAAACUCCAGGACAACACCUAAAUCUAUUCGGAGGGAGUCACCCAACUUCGUGAAUCAAAGGAGAAAGAAUCAAUUUCACAUGAACACGACUCUUUUAAUCCAGUGCAACCAUGACAUACUAGAGAAGAUUAAAAGAGCUCACUGAUAGAAGAGUUUGAGCCGUUGAGAAUCACUACAUGAUUGGCUGAUUACAUGCCAAUGGAUCCAAGGAGGAGAAAAGGUCAAGAGAAUGUUUAAAUCUUGAUCAGCAAGAGUUUGGAUAAGAGCAUAAUUGAAUGCCGGAAAGGGAUUCUGUCACAGAUAGGCUUUUCCAUUGAAUGCUGCUGUCCAGAGGCUUCACUGUAUGUCUCAGAUAAAUUUCUUAAAGAAAAGAAUAUGUUGGAGCCUGGGAGGAAAUGGCCAUCAGCAUACCUGUUCUUACACAUGUGGCUUGAGAGAUGUGGACAAACAAAUUGUUCUCUUGAUGAGAAAAAUUUCUAUCUUAAGAGAUAAUAAAAUGGAAAAAGAAAUUGACUAUAGGAUGCCUGGUUCGCUUUCCCUUUGGCAUGACGCCAUGACUUCAGGUGCACCCUACGGACGAGUAAAUCGCCGAGACAAAGGACAAGGAGCUUUUCCCUAGGAUCCAAAUUCAAUUUAUCCACGAGGAAAUUGUGAUCCUGGAUGCAUUUUGGCCGGCAAGAUGCUCCUAGACGGCGGCUGACGGCGGGCAAUGGGGCGGUGGUGGUAGGGAGCGUGCAACAGCAGGCAGAUGGAUCUAAGAUGAGAUAAGGCGCAGUGCAACAGAGUUCUACGCGGGAAACGAACUUUGCUGAGAGAGGUGGGGCUGCCCGCAGGGCUGCUGCCCAUGAAAGACAUGGAGGAGUGCGGGUACGUCAAGGACAUCGACUUCGUGUGGCUCAAGUCCAAAAAGAAGACCGAGCACACGUUCGAGGAGAUCGGGAAGCUGGUGCAGUAUGGGUGCGAGGUGACAGCCAAUGUGGAGCAGAACAAGAUCAAGAAGCUCAAAGGGGUCAAGGCCAAGGAGCUGCUGAUGUGGGACACCAUCAGCCAGAUCUCCGUGUAUGACCCGCCCACCGGAAAAAUCUACUUCAAGAGUUCUCUCGGCGUAGGCAAGACCUUUCCGGUUUCGGCUUUCGAGAUCCCGAAGGUGGAGCAGAAGAAGAAGGUAGGGGAAGUCAAAGAGGUGUAAUACUGUAAUGAUGAAGAGUAGUUAUUUGAAAGGUAGUUACUUUCAUCUUUUGUGUCCUUAGUUGAAGGGUAGUUCGAUAUCAUUAUCCCUGUUCUGUUUUAUCAAGUCAUAAUAGUGUCGUAAGUUCUUUGUCGUUUCUGUCAUCGUAAAAUAUAUUCUCAUCAAUAGCAACUCGCAAAAUAUUCCCCCGUUCCCUUUAACGCUAUGUAUUGAAGUUACUUUUGAAGGGAAAAAACUUUU